AUGUUAAUUUGCAGCGAUGAACUGUCCGCUCUCACAAAUGAAGUUGUCAGUGGUGUAGAAUCUAUUACAAAGACUCUUUCAAAGUUGGGUGAGUAUACACUGAACCAUCGAAUGCAGUGCAAUAUGGUUUAAAUCUAUUUCAGACUUCAAUUUAAAAAAAUUUAAGCUUACCAGAAAAUAAAUUGGAUUAGAAAGGCAUAAACUUAUAUGACCAUUAUUCUCCACUCAAGGCGGUGAAAGUUCAUUUAACAUUGUCAGGGAAUUGUUUUGCGUAGUUGUUAUCUUAUUGUGUUAUUGUCCAAACAUUUAUAAGUGAUUGUCAUAAAUCAGUCUAGUGUAGUGGAGUGUAGUUAUCAGGUGCCUACAUUGUUAUGGCAAUAGAGUUUGCAAUUUGCAGUCGAUAUCAGGUGAGGCAUUUUUCAGUUAGCUGUCUCUGCAAAAGAGUCAGGUUUUGUUCUUGUGUAAUAUCACCAAUUGUACACCAGCUGAAUUACCCCUCUUUCAUUGAUUAUAACUUCGGCAAAGUAACUUUUAUUAGAUUAAAAAUGUCUCAAAGUAAGGUUACCCUAAAGCCCCUAGGGUGGUGCCCUACCCUGAUUAGUGUACAUUUUCCCAUCUUUGUUGUAGUUGUUAACACAGUUGAGAUGCCAACCUGUAUAAAUCUGAAAUUUAGACAUUUGUGGUUCUGAAUUACAUUGUUUUCACCACCUUAGGUGAUUUUCUAAAAAAGAUGGAAAUUGGAUACCUUAAGCAUUAAUUUUGCCAACUCAAAUGGAAUGGAACACUCAGUCAACAUUAAAUUAUCACUUAGAGUGAUUAAUGUGUAGAUGGGCAGUACAUGUGUUUAUUAACCCUUUAACUCAAGAUCAAAUUUUUAAUUCUCCUUACUGUCAACCAUACAAUUAUUCUUGUAAUGUUAGUUCAGUGUUGGAUCAACCAAUUAUCCCCCAAAUCAAUAUUUUUUGUUAUUCUCAUCACUUAUCUGGUUGAUAUUGUAUUAAUAUUAUAAGGAGAAAUUAUGUCUUGGUCACUCAUGGUAGUUGAAAGGUUAAAUGCAGUAACCUUUCAUUCCCUGUUUCCUUUAGGUGCAAAUGAACCUCAGUACAACUGGGAAGACAUUACAGACAAUUUUACUGAGGCUGCAUCUGGUAAGACCAUUCUAGUAUAAAAUGUAAUCUAACCAAGAUGAUCUGUUCCUUGUAGUCAGUUACUAGCAAGCUUUAUGAAAUUAAGCAGCCAUUCUUUUAAGGAGUGUAGUUGAUAUUCAAUGCUAUUUGAUUAGAAUAAGUUGUGUUAAAUUACUUGCAUCCUAAUUUGACGAUGAUUGAGGUGCAAGAGGCUGAAGUUUUCCAAGAAAUUGAGACAUUUGCACUAGUUUCAGGCUUGAAGCACACACAGUCUACAAGUAAUUGGUGCGGAUUAAUGACCUACCCUCCUUUCUAAUUGUGUGGUCUUAAACAUACAAUACUAUUAAAAAUAGGGAUUAUGAACACGUCAACAGACUGAGGUAACUUUUCAUUUUCUGUUUUUCUCACAGAAUUGAAACUGGGUGAGCUUGUGCAUGACAACAUGUAAGUACAUAGUUAUUAUAAUUGUAAGUAUUUUCAGCAAUCAAAAUUUUCAGAUUGUAGCUUUCAAUGGAGAGUGUCUGACAAAGUCUCUUUUUCUUUUAAUUUUUUUCCUUAUGCAAGAUUUGGCUUGUUUGAAGCCAUGUCAGCAAUUGAGAUGAUGGAUCCCAAAAUGGAUGCUGGAAUGUUGUGUAACAAAGCAAAGAAAGUUCUUCAAUUUGAGCCAGCAGUUAAAGUGAGUGUUGGGAUCUUAUUUGUCUAUAUUUAUGUCCAGUGCAAACCAGCAUGUAACUUUCCUUUGCUUAAAAAUACUGCCUUUCUUUUGAUGGAUACCACUGUACAGUAUAUUUUUGACUAGGUGAAGACCUCAACUUUUUUCUGCCUUGUUCAUAUAUUGAAUAUCUUUGAAAAAUGCUUCCAUAUUGGUACUGAUGUGCAUAUGCUAAAAUUAAAUAUGGGAUAAGUAGCUAAUUACUAUUUUGUUAAAAUCUACUGCUGGAGAAAGCUGGUGAGUAAUUCCCAUCUAAAAGACAUGAUUUCCUUUUUUCUUACCAAGGCUGGUCUUGUAAGAAUCAAAGAUUUAACUCCCAAAGAACUUAUUGGUAUCAUGGAUGAAUUGAUAGCUUGCUUGGUAGGUACAUUUAAAUUGAUAUCAACUGCAAAAUUUGAACUUGAUAAGUUGGCCAAUAUUUUCUUAAUUGGUUUGUGUGUUAAUUUUUGUCUUUUGGUUUGAUCAGUCAAUCAGUCACUAGGCUGUUUGGUGAGCUAGACAGCCAUUUAGCUAGUUAAUUGUUCAGUUACUUAGCUAGCCAUCAGGUAGCCAGUAAACCAGUCGGAGAAUUAUUCAGUCCAUCAGUCAGUCAGUCAGUCAGUCAGUCAGUCAGUCAGUCAGUCAGUCUGUCGGUCCAUCCAUUCCAUGCAUCAGUCAGUCAGUGGAGGUGUUGGUGAAUAAGUAACACAACUAGUUAAUUUGUUACCGGUAGUUAUCCAGUUAAUAAGUCUCUCCAUCAGUAGGUCAAUCAGACAAGCAUCCAGUUUCCCAUUUGGUGAUCAAGUCAUGGAGCUAGUUUAACAGUCACUCAAUCAGUUGGGCAUUCAAUGUGUCUUAGUCUGUUAGUCAGUCAUUCAAUCUCCUUGUUAGUUCUUCUGUCAAUGAAAGUAGGUAGCCGAGUAAUAUUCAAUCACCCAGUGAUUCAGCAACCGCAUGUAAUUGACUAUUUUGGGAAUCUUUAAAACCUGCUAUUUGUCUCUAUGUUAGCCAGAUUAUUCUUCCACCAUUUUAGGCCUCAUCCUAUCAUUAUUUUGUCAUUCACUCUCUUCUAAAAAUACAGAUUACGUGGUUAGAUGGACAUUCCCUGGUACAGACCGUUUUUACUUGUCUCUACAUGCACAAUCCCUUCAUCAUUGAAGAUCCUUGCCUUAAGGUAACAUGUUUCUUUUAAGAGCACAAUGCACAAUUUACUGUCAUCCUCACUUAACAUAAAUCUAAACUGAUACCACAAUUAGAGUUUUAAAGUUACUUUAUGGGUAAAUAUGGGAUUGGGAAUUGUUGUGAAAGAACCACAUGUCAAUUUAUUUUCUAUGUUCAAAAAUUCUGUGUAAAAGCAGGCGACUGCAUUUCCCAUUGGUUAGCUACUGUCCACUAAACCAAACCUAAGUACGAUGUUUAGAGUGCUUGAGAAAAGCUUGUAAAUCUCUUGUUAAAGGUGAGUGAUUUAACAACUUUUCCAGCGUUCUUUAAACAUUCAAUGUGGGUUAUUACACCAGGAUAAUCUGGUCUUAUCAACUGAGUAAAUUGGCCAGCAUUAGUCCUUCAUCAGAGUGAAUCAUCUUACAUCAACAAACCUUUAAAAAGUUUGGCCUAUGAAGCUAGGUAUUAUUCUUGGGUAAUACAGGUUACAAUUUAAAGUACCAGUAAUAAAAUUUUGACAAAUAAGAGCAGUCCUUAUCGGGUAUUGAUUAAAAUUAUUGUACUUAAGAGGAAAGUCUGAUGCCAUGCAUCUCUUUCAGGCAUUUUGUAUAGCCAUGUUAAAAACUUGUGACCUAAUCAAGUCUAUUGUUAACAGAGCUCAAGUAUUUGAGGAGGUAAGAUGAUGAUUCAGUGACAAAUUGGGUUUUUCAUUAUGAGAAAAUCACCAUGACUAGUAUUAAGUUCAUAUUUAAUAAAAAAAAUCUCAUCAUUUAAAUGUUGGGCCAAGUGCAUCUGAAUUAAGACACAAAGCACUAAAGCUUGGCAGGGAGAAUGUUCUUGGAAAUUCCUGUAUUUUUUUUCCAGGAAGAUUUUCAAGCAAUUACUUAUGGAUUUAAAUUUGCAACUCAAGUGACAGAGACAAGAGCCGCAGGUUUGUGAUCAAUAUCCUCUCAGUUUGACAGUUACUAAAAGGUCAUAAAAAUCACAAAAUCAUAAACAAACAUAAUAAUAAUUAUAAGCAAUUUAAAUUUUUUUCAUUUCAAUCUCCUAUAGGUAUGCUGAAAGAGGCAGAAGAUGAAGUUGGUAGAAAAUUAAAGGUAUAAUCCCUUUCACUCUCAAGAUCUCAAGAGUAGUUCUCCUUACUUUCUGCCAUGCAAUUCUCAUGAUGUAAGUUUGGAGAAUUUGGUUUUGGAUCAACUAAGAAUCCCCUAAUUAAUAGAUUUCUUAAUUCUCAUCACUUAUCAGUUUGAUAUUACCUUGAUAUUGUAAGGAGAAACCCUGCAUUGGUAACUUGUGGGAGCUAAAGGGUUACAUCAUCAUAAACCAGAGCUUUUUAAAUCCCAGUCCUCUGCACAAUGUACAUUUAACUGUACCCUAAGGUAUGUCUCUCAAAUCUGUUUUCUAGCCAUUGAAGACCAGACUGAGAGAAGAACCCAACUGUGACUUAGAUACAGUGAAGGUAUGGUGUACUCUACAAAUUGUUGUAAAAAAAAAAAAAAGUCUAAUUGCGUUUAUUUCUGUAAUGUUUAUUGUCAUAGUGCUCACUUUUCACAGUGACAAUUAGAGUGGGAAUGAAAAAAUGAUGAUAAAAAUGUAUGUUUAAGAAUCUGUUUCUGAAUAUUUCUUUUUCCUUGCAGAACCAAGUUAAGGAGUAUGAAGCUGUUUUAGCAAGAUUAAAGUUCUAUAAAUCAUUUUACCUCACUUUAGUUGCACUGGAAAAGUCAGAGGUGUGUGAAAUCUUAAUGCUAAAAUUCAAUAAUUCAACAAUUUUCUAUUUUUUGCACUGAUUAUUGACAUUUGCUUGCUACUUCCAAUUGAUAUUUUAGCACCUUGCAUUGUUUAAGUGUUAUCAUGAUGUAAACUGCAAAAAAAAUUGUGUGUGUUUGGUUUUGCUAAUCAGCUGCUGACACAUCACAUGCCUUUCAUGCUUCUCUGAUCAAAGAUCAUCAAAUUUUGUUGUUGCUACAUGGUUGCUUGUAGAUGUUGUGGUUCAAUUUUAUCCUUGGUUCAAAUUUUCUUUUCUUUUGUUUUUGGGUAUUGUAAUGUAGGAUAAUGAGUUUGAAACAAAGGAAAAUAAAAUUUGAAUCAAGGAUAAAAUUGAACCACAACAUAGAUAUGAAAAUUAUUUUCAAGUGUUUGACUGUAUAUCUCUCUUGGUGCUGGACUCACUCAUGAGAUACUUGAUUGACCACUCAAAGAAAAAUUCAUAGCUAUGUACACACUAGUCUUAUUCCUGUUUACUUUUUUGUUGGAAAUGGCAAGUGUCACACCAUUCUUGGGUGAUGAGUGCACUACUUAAAUGAAUUGUUACUCUUAAAUCCACAAUUUGUAGGGUUCAGGUGUGGCCUCAGGCAAGCAGUCAUUAAGCACUGCAUUGUCUCUGAUUGAACCAAUCAGAAAGACUGUAGAGUUAGGUGUUCAACCAAUAUCCACGGGUGAUAACAGGCAAGGUAUCCCAUCAUGCUUUCUAAAUGAUUUGAAUUGAAUUGUUUUUCUUCUGACAUACAUUUUGAACUGGUGUUAGAUUUAAUUUGUGUUCAUCAAACAGUUAAUAGUUAGAUACAUUUAGGUUACUGGUAACAGAAAGACGUGUAUCAGACUUGUCAGACUCAGAGAACAACUCACAUACUCUUAUUUAUUGGAUGUCCUUGUAGGUAGUAUAAUGGGUUUUGAACCACUUGUCAAUCAGAGACUUUUACCUCCAUCCUUUCCGAGAUAUACAGCCAUUUUUGGUCGAUACCAGGUGAACAUUUGUAAAUAAUUAAUAAAUGUUAUCAAUUAACAAAGAUGCAAAAUUGUGUUUCAUCUGGUAUAUCAUGCAGUUGUUAGCUUGGACAAACAGAAGCAUACAUUGCGCCGUUUUAAUUGGUAGAUUCAAGAAUAAGUGCUAGGUUACAUAUCAGGCUGACAUACUGUUACUUUGCGAUUUACUCGCCGUUCCAAUCGCCACUGGCUAAAAUGUGUAGUUUGAAUAUCCCAUCAGGAUUUGAUGAAAUCGCGGCUAGUGCGAAAAACCAGUGAGGUCCUGCUUGUGAGAAGCAAGGAUAUUUAUUGAUAACUACCAUGGUAUUCACAGACAAAAGAAACUUGAUGUAAGAUCUGUCGCCACAUUAGCUAUUGAGAUUACAUGUCUGACCAAAGAGUGUGAUUUAUAACAUUUUAUUUUUCAACAAAUAGAAUCCAUGUGUCUGUGCAGUAAAAGAUCACAGAUGAUGUCAAAAUGUGGUCAGAUAAAAAAAAGUGUCACACAGGCGCAGCUGAGUGUCUCACUGGUGUUCUUACCACAGUCUGACGUCAUCUGUGAUCUAUGACAAAACAGAUGUGCGACAUCAUGGAAAAGCAAAAUGUUGUCAGUGAUGACGUCAUCGAUGCGUCUGUUCACAUGGCAACCAGGUGGACAAUCAGACAUGGUUUGAAGCUACUCUGGUUUAAAGAUUUAAUGAAUGUAACCGAGAAGUUACAAUUCAUAGACCCAACGUUUCGACACUCCCGUCCAGUGCCUUCAUCAGGGGUGAUCUAUACGCUGCAACAAGAGGUCCUUUUAUACGUUUAAUAAGAACUGGUCAAAUUGCGUCUCUACUUCAGCUUAUUAUAUAAAUUCUUAUAGAGGUUUACUUUCUUUCAGGCUAUUGAUUAUACCGAAGAAAUGGUCAAAAGAUUUCUUCAUAUCUGCGAUGUAGUGAACUAUGCGUCGCUUCACAUUGUAAUUGUAAGUGGAACUUUUAAAACGUUGCAUAAAAAUUACUGCAUUGAAUUGUUGAGCUGUGACUGUACCCAUCAUAGCCAAGAAAUUUCUGAUGCUUAUAACUCAAUAAGUUAUCUUCAGUUGGAAGUCGUAUUCACUGUCACACCAGGAGUUGUAGCGGAUAAGCACCUCAGGGGGAUCAUUUUUACUGUUAUUAGUAUUUGUCAUGAAAAGGGUCUAUCUGCGCCGAAGUUGAAAUUAGUACAGGGUAAGUUGGUAUUGUCAGCUGAGUUGAUAACGUAAAUUGACCACCGUAAAGAGUCUAAAAACUGACGUUUCGCGCGUUAGCCCUUUGUUAGAUCGAAGGGCUAACGCUCGAAAGUCAGCUUUGAAACUCUUUACGAUGGCCAAUUUACGUAAUCAACUUAGUUAAUAAUACCAAAUUACCCUGUUAUACUCUCCCACCGACGCAGCACCACGGUUUUUUACCCCAUAUAAAUUGAUGAUCAUAUGAAUUGAUUACUUUCCCACAAAAUUUUUCGCCUGUGCUUCCCUCAGGGGACUAGUAAUACCAAACUGACGUGUAAUAGUGUCAUUGAAAUUAAGUUUCCCAAUUUUUCGUGCUCGCUGGCAUCUCUCAGUCUUGCGAAAAAAACUCAGUGACAAUGGUUUAUUUGCCAGAAAAAGUGCAGUAGUCGUGAAGGUCAAUCUGCAGAGUACGUAGAUGGACAAGAGCAACAAAUUAAUUUACCUUAUUAAAAGAUGUCUAGACGGAUCACUAAGUAAGAGAGCGUUUCAAAUUUAACAGUUACAGUGUGUUGUUGCAGGACUUCGUUUCAGAAUUUAGCAAGAAACGGCCGUGUGUUUUGACACGCUCAUAUUUACAGGUAGUUUGGUUGUUUUAAUGAUAAUUAUGAAGUAUUUUAGUUUUUUUAGUAUUCCGCACGUAUCUGUUGUCUUUCUUGACUUGGAAUAAGAAGCGCUGUUCUCGCAAAAUCCCUGUCCAUUAUUCUUUCUUUUCCUGAAUUGUUUCCUGAAAAGUUUCGCAAUCCUCGACAGAAGUUUGUAGCGGAUGGAAAACUCAAAAUUUACGUCAAUUUUGGAGCACAGUUAAAGGUAGUGGCACGGAUAAACACAGUUUAUUGUUCUCCCAUCUCGAAGUGCCAGACAGAAAAAAAAACAUGGAAAUGAUUUCAAAAGACUAGACAGUCUCAAUGAAUUUGACAUUAGCAGUUUUCUAUAGAAAGGAGAGACUUUCGAGGAGGGUUUUAACAGUAGCCCGUUAUGGUCGCUUUUCCGUCCAACAGGCUUCACAGCCAUGAUUACGCUUACAGUAGUCAGUCACCUACUUUUGGCCUCGCAAGGCCAUCGUAUACCGCGUCACUGACAGGCUACAAACAAAAUACGUUUGUUGAGUGACAUUCGUGAUGUUUUUCCUUUCAUGUACAGCUUCUUGUUUGGCGCAACAAUAAUCUUUUGGGAAGAGCUGAGACAAUCAGAGAUGCAAUCAAAGCAUUUAACAGUCCGCCGUCCAUUGCUGAGAAGUAAGCAUAAUGUUGACUACGACGCAGGGGGGGCUGGGGUACAGGACAUGGUUUUGUAGUUAUGUACAGUAGCCUUUUAGGAAACCCGACAGACUUCUCUCGUAAUUGUUUUUGUUGAGUCGAUUCGGGUCACGUCGUGUGCCAUAUUUACUAGUGUUCCAAUCAUUUUGGACAUAUUAACCUACAGAAACUUCGGAAUGACUUAAUCAGUUACGAUGAGUGAACACAGAAACGUGACUGUAGACAGUCAUGAAGCUCCACCUUGCACUUGUUUUCAUAUUUCAUAUUUGCUGGUACAAGACUGGCCUACUGAGAACCUUUUCAUAAAGAGUUGCUUUUUUAUGUUUGUUUGUUUGUUUUUGCCUCAGAUCCUCCCUCAGUACCAACCCCAAAGCGAGUGACCUAGCCGAUAGUUUUAUUAACAGAGCUUUCAGGGUAGGUCUUGAUCUCUACGAAAGUAACUUUCUAACGUCUGUUAUUAGUUGUGCCUUCUUCUUGUGGCCAUCGGAAGCAUAUUUGCACUUCUCAACAAAAAUAAUAUAGCUGCAUGGAAAGGACGGAACGCCAUCUCGGUUCUUUUGGCGCUUGUGUGAUAGGGCUGCAUUUACUGCAGAUUUCAGUGAAUUGUAGUGAUACUUACCACUCAUUGUUAGCGCUACUACUUACACGUACUGCUUGUAACUCCACGACUUUAUUUUUUGUUAUUUGUUUUUGUUUUUUUUUUUGUAGCCUGUAAAGUCCAUUAUCCAUGCUCUCGGUCACAAUCGUGCUCGGCAGAGAGACAAGUUGGCACAUCUUUUGGAGGAAUUUGCUGCUCUUCAGGAUGAAGUAUGUCACCUUAUAUACUUCGUGAACUAAAUACCUCAUGCGAUCGAUUAAAUUUUAAUAGCCCACAGGCAAAAGAUUAGAAGUUACAUGCAUGGGCGCGAAACUGCUAGAAGUUUUGUAUGGGGAAUACUUGUUGGAAACUAACACUAAAGAAAAAGGUUUGCUGUAUUGUAUUUCAGAUUAAGAAAGGACCCUUUUCUUUCAUUUCUAGGCAGACAAAGUAGAUGCGCAACUUCAUACUUUGUUAAUCAAAGUAGAGCCUCAGGUAGGAACAAUUUUGAAAGUAAGUGAUUAUUAGAGCGAUGAGUUACUGAGUCGAAAACAAACGAAGAUUGUUUGCUUCGUUGCUUUCGCAUUCUUUGCUUUCAUUUUUGCCAUUCCCUCGACCUCAAUUUUUUGGCGAUUGGCUGAUUGGUAAUUACGUUAAUGAAAGUUUAAUAGACACCUUAUCAAUAGGAACCAUAUAACUGCUCUUCCAGUCCAAGACAAGAAUCAUUUUGUUUGUUUUUGAAGACCAGAAACCAAAGAAAGAAAAAACUUAUACUGACUUAAUGUUUUUUUUUCUUCUGUAUUUUCUAGCGUCAGCACUUUGCCUGUUUUGGGUCAUGGGUGUUGUACCAUACACUAAACAUCAUGAUUCAAUAUCUGUUGUCUGGUUUUGAGUUGGAACUCUACAGUCCGCACGAGUAUCACUACGUUUUCUGGUAAGAUAUUGCAACUCAAAACCGCCGACGAGGAGUGGGUUUUUUCCUCCGAAGCUUGAAUUGUAUUCUUUUGACUUCUCAGGUAUCUGGACUUCUUGUUCGGAUGGCACAUGACGUGCCUUAAUCGUGCUGAAAAAUUACUGCAGGCCCAAGAGACUGCACUAGGUAGGUAGACAUAAAAUGAAGAGUAAUUUUCAAUCGUGUGUCGCAAAUUACACACUCGCAAAAGUGUGGCGUUUUUUAACUAGGAGUUUACUGGAGAGUUUCAUGAAAAAUACCAAACAAUGUCUGAGGGCUGAAUUUGAAGGUGAAUUUCUCAGUUAGGAGGCAUUUCGUUGAUCUCGUUGCUCCAUUCCUCGUUAAUUUUCAGAUAAUCAAUACAAUAGAGUGUUUACAGUCUGUUAAAUUCACGAGUGUUUAUCCAUGCUAGUUUCCAUGAGAAAUCAUCUUUUCACUUUUUAUAAACUUUCAUUUUAUUUUCAAACUUUUAGUACUAUUUACAGAAUUAAUCAUUGUACUCCUAGUUAAUAACCCCACGCUGAAAUUUUUUGCAUGUAUUCUUUUAACAAGCGUAACUAGUAACUGGUGUUACUAUCCCUAUCCCUGUAAAUUAACCCUUUGACCCCUUCGAGUGACCAGCAUCUAAUUUCUCCUUACAAUAUCACCCCUGAAUCACACAUUCAGGUCACAAGAAUGAAGGAAAUGAUCACUUACUAAAGAGGCUCUUGAUUGUUAAACAAAUUCUCCUUGUCAGCACCUAAGGAAAAGUAUGGAGAACAGUAAGGAGAACGUAAAUACCCGCUGAUGUUAGUGUGUCUGAGGGUCAAACGAACUUACAUUCCUUCAUUUAUUUCAGAGCAGAGAAGUGGACGGAGUGGAAAGAAAAAUAAAAAGAAAAAGAAGGGUAAGAAAGAGCGAGCUUAGGUUUUUUUGCUUUUGUUUUAAAUUUUCCCCGUACGAUGGACUUCUCUGAAUCAGUCACAAUAAAGCUCUCCCUGACUCCCUCCCUCCCCCCUCUCUUCUCCUCUUCGGGCAUGACCGCUCAGGACAUUUACGUUUGGGUAUAUAUUUAGGUUGUUUUAGCUUUCAUCGUGCUGUACAUAAAGUUCAUUGAUGGAGUACUGAGAAGAAGCUGCUCUUUGUUAGUCUCGGUUUCCUUAAGUGAUUCACUGAAUAAGGGCAAAAAUUUCUCCAAAACCGGUGAAUACGUGUUCCGUUUCUGUACUGCUCUGUGGAACAGAGCCGUGUUGCUUCUCGUGUAUUAAACACAGUUGAAUUCGUUUUUGUUAGCGAGUGAAAAAGCCAUACAGGAACACCAAGGAAUGUGGCACUUAUAUCAAGGAAUGAGGCACCUGUGUCAAGGAUAUCUCAGGGUAACAAUACCAAUUUGAUGUCUUUUGAUCUCAGUCUUAAGUUAAUGCGCAUGGCCCCAGUGCUCUCUCAGCAGUGCAGUCUAUGUCUAUUUGUAGAAGUUAAAUUUCCACAAUACCAAGGGAUAAGGGUUGAUUAUUUCGAUUUCUCAAAGAUACAUGCAUUCAUGCUAUCUUAAGCUAACGUGUUUUUCCUGAAAUCCUAUUCUUUUGACAGGCAAUUGAGGGGUUUGAAAUGCAAAACAAAACAAGAAAGCCUGCGGAUAAAUUUGGUUCCGAACAGGUGCGUACCAAGAAGUCAAAAUUUACUACAAAAAAAAGUUGUUUUGAAAGUAAGCGCACCUGAAGAAACAGUGAACUUAGUUGUUUCACCUAUCACAUCAAGAAUUCAUAUGAGUAGAGCCUGCUCGUGUUUCGGCCGUGAAUUGUUUCAGAGACACAAAGCAUACAUGGAAUAUACAACACCGCAGAGGUUUCAUGUGUGUUCGGUGUAUUGGUGACAGGAGUACAAUGUCCGAUUUGGUUUCUUAAUAAUUGGAUUUUUUUGCUCACUUUACUACCAUCCGUUGGUGAAUUUAAUAUCUCCAUUCGUCGUGGACUUCGUUUACUUGUGUUCUUAUAGAAGUUUCGUUGGAAAUAUUGGCAAAAUCAGAAUAUACUGUAACUCCGUGUUGUUGUGAUCUUUAUGAUUAAUUGUACUUCCUAGUACCAGUCAACUAAUUUCAUUAUUUUUUUGUUCAUUUCAUAAUUACAGACCCGCUAUGAGCGCCGUUUCAUGCCAUUCCAAGCUGUGGAUACCCCUCAGCCGAUGUAUUACGCGCACUACAAGGAGUAUAGCAACUUGUCCAAGAUGAAUGCAUCGCAGGUGAAAGUUUAAUACUAAAACAAAUUCCAGCUAUGUUAACAUUGCUCCUGCUGGAAGAAGUCUCAAUUUCUUUCUCCAGUUAUUCAGUUCCUUGCGGUAUGCAGGGUAUUUGUUACGCGAACCUGGUCUUCUGGCCAAGCUAACAUGAAUUUCUAAAGGUAAACCUAGACCACCUGAAUUGGCAAUUGGUUCAUAUGUAAACUCAACUCCCUCUAGAAGCGCUCGAUUUGUUUUCCGGAGUAUUCAUUACGAGCUAAUCAUGACUGGAGGAAAAAAUGGUGAACUGCUGAACGACAAUAUAAGAUCUGGGACGUUUCCUCCUUCCAUCAUUGAAUAAUGCUGCAUUCGAAACACUUUUUUUGUUUUUUGUGUUUGUUUUUUUCUGAAAAAAUUUCCGGUCUCAUUAUUUUCAGGACACAGACCUGUUUGUGAUGGCAUCGAAUUCAUUUCAGCAAGCGAAGUCCAUUUUUGAAGUUGUUAAUAAUGUACAUAGUGAGGUGAGGAUACCAGCCGUUUCAGAGCAUUGAAGUUUGUUGAUCUCUUUAUCCGAUUUAUGGCGAGUGGUUUAAGCCAGCUACUACUUUGCGCUUCAACUUUUACGCUUCUUUCGAGCAUUUUGAAUCAGCUCUGCCCUCCCUGUGCCAAGCUAGUUGUUGGUCUGGGAAAACGAGUCAAAAAAGCGAGCUCGCACCGUCAAACGGCGAGAGUCAAGCAAAGAAAAGUGAGAUGGUCUUUUCCCUGGCAAUCACUGGUUCUUCGCUCACCUGAUCGUCUGCAGUGGUCGGCUUGUCUAAAUGACUAACUUAUUUGCACUGAGGGACAGCCUACCACCAUUUGGCAAAGCUCGUCGAUUUUCUUUGUACCAAUGUUUUUAAGUCAGCUGAUAAGACUUUCCGCAUGCGACAAUCUUUUAUAAGUCUCCUCUCCCAUCAAAGGUGGAUUUUCUUCUCGAAUCUGUACGCAGCUCAACCAGCUUGUCUUCUUUCGUUUUGUAGCGAAAAGGAGAGACAAUAGAGGUUGGCUCCCAUCAAAGUUUCCUUCCUUAAAACUAACUUUUUGAUCAAAAUAGUUAAAGGUUCCUAAAGGGUUUUCUUCUUACUAAUGUUUGUGAUUGUGUUGGUAAUUUUUUUAGGUUGCACUGUUACUAAAAGUCACGAAGACAAACCUCGUUGUCACUAAACUGGCUGCUGGAGGCCACAAACAUGACUCCAAGGUGAGCAUUAGCAGC